UCAUCUUAACCGACCCAAUUUGUAGAUGAAAAAAAAUUUUUUAUCAUCGACAAUGAUACAUUUAAAUUUGAUUGACAAACAUUACGUAUCAAUGGAUCAUAAAUAUCGUUAUUAUUAUCAUCAUGAAAGUGGUUUUCGCUUUAGAUUUCGGUUUUAUAUUCUACUUUUAAUCUCAUUGACAUUGCCACAAUAUUGCUCCACCAACGAUGCAAUUAUCAUCAAUCAUUCGGAAUUCCUUUGGAGACCAUUAUUCAAUGUUUCAAAUGAUUUUUUUGCACAAGCGAUCCUACCUAUAACAUUUAUUGAUAACCAAAAAUUUUUCUCCCAAAAUAAUCUCACUUCAACAUGCCAAAAUGAUUUAAGAAAAGCCAUUGAAUCUACCUUGCAUUUACGUGAAAUAUGGUCGAUAAAAUUAUUUAAUUCGUGGUCAAAAUCCGUGAUACCAGCUGGUAUGUUUAUGGGAACCUUGACAGAUUAUGGUGAUUAUGAUCAAUGUAUGAGUAUCAUUGAUGAUCAAAAAUCGAAUCAAUCAUUGAUCAUUCCACAAUAUUGUUUGAUUGAUAUGGCAAUACCGAUGCCUAAACCGCGCCCAACACCACACAAUUAUUAUCAUCAUACUGAAGGUAUUCUUCCUACCAAAGAUUUUCUUGAUAAAAUUAUCGAGCUUGACCUCAUAGGCCAUCAUAAUUCAUCAUCAUCAACAAUAAUAAAACAAAUGGUAUUAGCACCGAAUCCAACUAUUUAUGAAUAUUUAGCUCAAGUAUCAUCAAAUUUUUACUAUUCAUUUAUACGUCGAGGAAUUUGUCUUCCCAGUUCAUGUACAACAGAGGAUGUACAUACAAUUAUUAAAAAAAAUUUUGGUCAAGAAUUUGGAUGGCGAUUGAAUACUGUGAGUUGUACAACAAAAUCGUUGAAAAAAUGGUGGCCCAAUUUAUUACAAAAAUUUGCCAUAUUUAUCAUUAGUUCAUUAUUGAUCAUAACAUUCAUAGCUGCUAUUUAUGAUCAAAUGAGUAGUAAGAAAAAUAAAACCAUUAGUCGAGUAAUUCUUAUGUGGUUUUCACCAAUUUCGAAUACGAAAAAAUUACUCUUCUCCAAUACAGAUGACGAAAAUUUUAAUUGCAUUCAUGGAUUAAAAUUUCUAUCAAUUUCAUGGAUUAUCGUCGUACAUACAUUGGCCUGGAUAGAUUUGAAUGGAUUUAGAAAUUCUUUUAGAAUGAAAAUUUUUCUCUCAACAUUAUAUUUUCAGCCAUUAUUUAAAGGAUUUUUUGCCGUUGAAACUUUUUUCUAUCUCAGCGGAUUGUUAACCUCGUAUAGUGCAAUGAAAUAUACACGCGGUGAUUACAAGAAUUUGAACAAAACUACUUACAUGUUGCUUCGCUAUUUUCGUUUGACUCCACAGCUGAUUUUAUUUAUGCUUUUAUUGACAUUAUUUCCACCAAUGUUUGAUGGACCAAUAUGGUCACAAUUGAUGACUACUAUUUCUAAUCAAUGUUCAAAAACCUGGUGGCAUAAUCUAAUCUAUCUACAGAAUCUAAUCGACAUUGAUAAUAUGUGUGGCCUACAUACAUGGUAUUUGGCUGCUGAUAUGCAACUACAUUGGUUUUCAUUAUUUCCAAUCAUUUGGAUUAUUAAAAAUCCUCGCAAUGGUUUACUAUUGACAAAAUUCCUCAUCAUUAUUUUUAUAUUCAUUACGGGAUUUCAUAUUUACUUCAAAAAUCUACCACCAGGUGGCAUAGUCACGACACAAAGCGAUAUGCUUGAAGAAGAUCGAACACCGGGAGCGUUUACCGAUAUAUUUUUUAAACCAUGGAGUAAUGCUUAUGUAUUUUUCGCUGGUUUUCUUUUCGGUUUCCAUUUGUAUGAUUCAAAACUUGUUCAUAGUUUUUUCUGGACAAAGACCAAGAUUGUCGCUUGUUGGCUAUUGAUCAUCUAUUCAUAUCUGUUCUGUAUAUACAGUACAAUACCUUGGGUAUACGGUCAACCAUAUAAUCGAAUUUGGUCAUCCAUUUUAUAUCCAUUAAAUCGUAUUGUUUGGUCUAUAAUGCUUACGUUAUUGAUUUUUAUGUGCAUCACUCGACCACAAUCAAUGAUUGCUAGGAUUCUUUCAUGGAAAGCUUUUCGUCCAUUUUCACGUAUGACCUUUUCCGUUUAUUUGACACAUGCACUUGUAUUAUAUGUUGCACUUGGUAGUCGACAUAAUUUGAUUGAUUUGUCCAUCACAUCAUUAACAUUUUUAUGUUUUUCAACAUUACUUUCAUCAUAUGCGUUUGGUUCAGUGUUUACCAUUUUGUUUGAAAGUCCAAUCAUAAAUUUGUUUGGUUACGUCAAACAUGAUCUACUUCGGCAACUUCAACGGCAACAAUAUUUGAAUAACAAAAAUAAUAAUGACGAUAAUGAUCAAAAGAAACAAAUGCCAAUAACAAAUAAUGGAACGAAUACAUCGAAUGUUUGAGUGAAUUUAUUACACAAAUAAACAUUAAAUAAUGAAAAAUUGUUCUAUGAUUUAA